UCCAAGGAGAGAAAGGACAGGAGGGAACAGUGCUCUCAUCUCAGGCUAAAGCCAGGGUGAGAUCAUGACAUCCAAAACUGAUAACCCUCCAUCCUAUGAGGACGCGCUGCACCAUCCGAAGUAUGGAAACUACCCUCACCAGCCACAACAUGGCUCCCCUCUUCCACCACCUCCAUCUUACAGCCCCAGUCCGGGCAUGUGCCAUGGCCCGCCUGGCUACUGGGGCCAGGAGGGCGUCUACCCGGCAGCUGGGAUGUGGGCAGCCCCUGGCUUCUCUCCAUCUGGGGUGCCCACCACAAUACCGACUCUGUCUGCUGGAGUGCCUGCAUCAAACCAAGGAGACAUGGAUGAUUUUCUGAGCACGCAGUGGGAAAGCACAGCUAUUCGGCAUGCCUUCAUUAAAAAGGUUUACUUAAUUUUAACAGUGCAGCUUGCCGUCACCUUUUCAGUUGUUGCUGUCUUUACGUUUGUUGACCCAGUGAGGCUGUUUGUCAUCAGAUACCCUGGCAUCUACUGGGCAUCUUUUGUGGUUUAUUUUUUGGUUUACUGCAUUCUGGUCUGCUGCAAAGGGCCGAGGAGGCGUUUCCCAUGGAAUCUUGUGCUGCUGGGAGUAUUUACUCUCGCCCUGUCUUACAUGUCUGGAACAAUCUCAAGCUAUUAUGAAACAAAGGCAGUGCUAAUCGCCAUGGGAAUAACAGCAGUAGUUUGCAUAGCUGUUACAGUCUUCUGCUUCCAAACCAAGGUGGACUUCACCUCCUGCGGGGGGUUUCUCUGCAUCGCUUCCGUCGUGCUCUUGAUCAUCGGGAUUGUUACGGCUAUCGUCCUCUCCUUCCAAUAUGUCCCUUGGCUGCAUAUGCUCUACGCUGCAAUUGGAGCCAUCGUUUACACUCUGUUUUUAACAUACAACACCCAGCUUCUUAUUGGAAAUCGGGAGUUGGCGCUCAGCCCAGAGGAGUACAUCUUCGGAGCGCUCUCUCUCUACAUCGACAUUGUUCACAUCUUCCUCUUCAUCCUUCAAGUCAGUGGAGCUGCCACUGAAUAAGCCCCAUAGUAAGAGCACAUCUACUUUGACUUACAGGAUAUUGUGUUUGACGUUAAACAUAAUGCUACACGUACAAAAGUGUGUCAGUUAGGAUGUCUCAUUACUAGCUACAUCACUGUUCAACUUCCAAACUAUUAAUUUAGCUAUGUAUUAAGUUUUUUUUUUACAUCAGUAACACUUGAGCACUUUGAUUUAUUCUUGUGCUGUAUGAAGCAGGGCAGUGAAUGAAGACAUCUUACCUAACUGUGAACGAGGAGAGAAACUCAAACAUAUGUAUGGUUGCUACUUAAUAUUCUGUCUUUCCGUUUUGUUUCAGCAAGUGUUGCUUAAGUAGGUCAUGCAGGCUUCAUGUAGCCAUGAGAGAUUACACUGA